AUGUCUCAACAACACCCAUUCUCCCUUGUGACCUUCUCCAAUUUGAGAGAUGAUGAACUAUUAUCAAUACUCGCCUUCAUGUCCCGAAACGAUUGGUUGUCAUUAAAGUUGGUGAGCAAAUCAUUCCGACUCUCACAGCUAAGCGAUGACGAUACAUUAUGGAAGGACUAUUAUUUAACAGAUUCCAAAAAACUCAUCAAAUUUUACCAUCGUCUUCAAUACAAACCAUUGAUGCACCGUUUUGGCACACCUCUUGAUGCAAGUAAUGUCAUUCCAUCAGCAUCUUUGGAACAAGUUCAAUCCGAUUUUAAGAUUCACUUACAAACUUUAAUCCGACCUUUCAUUGAACUACACCACCGAUUCCUCGAACAAUCACGAAAACAUGUGUCUAGUCUGAAAUAUGAAGGACCAAUGAAUCCCUUCCUUUCCUUUCAUGAUUUGAAAUCAUUGAAUGUUGUGAGUCGAAAACAAGAUCACAAAUAUAAAAUUGUGUUUACGGGAGACGGAGCAGUUGGGAACAUCUCUCAUUGCCAGAUAUACCGAUGGACACUUGGAGACGUUCAAGUGACCAUUUCCACAUGGGAUACUGUUGGCAGGUCCGAAUAUGAUGGAUUGUCGAGGCCACUGACUUAUCCUGAUACCGAUGUAUUUGUGGUGUGUUGUUCAUGCAACCAUCCGAAUUCUUUGAAUAAUGUUUGUGAGAAAUUCAUUCCUGAAAUUCGACACCACAUGGACAACAACCCUGCCAUUGUAUUGGUCAUGAAUAAGAUUGAUUUAAGGUCCAAUCGAUUGGAUGUUUUACUCAAUGAUGAAACCUUUGUGUUUGAAUACAAAGAUGGUGAAGACAUGGCUCGAAAGACUGGAUGUUGUUCCUAUUGGGAAACAAGUGCUUGGAAAAACAUAAAUGUUAUGGACCUUACAGAAGUUGUGGUGAAGAGUCAUAGCUUUGCAGAAGAGAAUUUUAAUCGAUUUCAAAAACAAGCAAAGAAGUGUUGUUUAAUUUGA